ACAAGUUGUUUUUCCUGUAAGACACAGAGAAUGUUAUUUCAGUUGAUAGAGCAAUAGUAACAGACAGAACUAUCAAAAAUGUUGAUGCUGAUUGUAGUUUUAAUGCUUAAUGUUUGGGCCAUACCAGCAGAAGAUAUACUUUCACCAAACAUAAACAUCCUUGUUGAACUAGAGAAGAUAAAAAGCAUGGAAAAAAGAAUGGAAUCAGUGGAAGCUGAAAUGGAGCAACUCCGGACAGAGAACACAGCACAGGCAAAGAAGGUGGAGGCCUUACAUGGUAUCAUGAAUGACAGAAAGAUCAAAAUGGAUGAACUAACAGCACAAAAUGAAGCACAGGCAAAGGAGCUAAGAGCCUUGUAUGGUACAAUGAAUGACACAAAGAUAAUAAUGGAUGAACUAAAAAAACAACUGGAAGCUUCAAAAGUGGCUUUCUCAGCUUCUCUUUUGUCCUCUCAUGGACCGCAAAGCAGUUUACAGACCCUGGUUUACAAACACAUCUUCCUCAAUACUGGAAAUGCCUAUGAUCCAAACACAGGAAUCUUUACAGCACCUAUGAGAGGAGUUUAUGUAUUCAGGGUCUUCUCUAAGGCUUAUGGAAAUCGAGAUAAGGCUGUUGUCGCAGGCCUGUUUAAGAACGACCAGCAUAUUUUUUCAACAUAUGCACGCCAAGAAGGUGGUUUUAUCAGCUCUUCAAAUGGAGUUUCUCUCUUACUAGAAAAGGGGGAUAGAGUAUAUGUCAAUCUCUAUUCUGGUAAUUGGAUUUUUGACAAUGAACACCAUCACAGUACCUUCAGUGGACACAUGCUUUUCCCCAUGUGAUUGAAACAUGGUUUAUUCACAAAAAGUAAAGCCUGUCCUUUUAUAUCAUGACUAAGCAUACAAGAUGUUUAUGCAUAGUAUAAGAUGUUUGAUGCUUUUCAAAAACCUAUAAAAAAUCUGUUGCCAUAUACCUUUCAAAUGUAAAGAUAUAAUAUAUAACAAUCAUAUAAUAAUUUCCAUGACAUCAAAGCACAUAUAUGAUUCCACACAUCAUGGUCUAAUUUAAGGCAAUAGCAUCAUCCCCAGCAUCAAUGUUUAAAGGUUCCUUGCAUAUCCCAAAUAUAACACUGUGCAAAAUACAACAUGUAACUGAUUGUGGCACAGCAAGAAAAGCUCACAAGGUUCUCUACUUUGUAUAAACGCCUUAUUGAGCUUGGAACAAAAUAACAUGAGACCAUAAUAACCUGUGUGAUAUUGACAUAUUAAUUUAUCAGCAACCAAAGUAUAAAAUUAAGAGAUUAUAUUUUUGAGUAGUAACAUGUAAUAUGGAUUAUGCAAUCAGAUUACAAAAACAAAUGCAUGUAAUCCAAUUACAGUUAUGUUUUUAUGGAUUACAUUACAUUAUUGCAUUCUUCAUAAUAUUAUAUAUCACCCAUCAGGAAAUAACUGGUGAUACAUUUACCUAUUAAACUCGUAUCAUUUUUAAAAAAAGUGUUCUACUCUAGACAGAUACUGUACAUGCAUUGAAGACAGUGUAGUCCUGUUCCACAUUUGACCAUGUACAAAAAAAGGGGGGGAAAUAACAGAGCAACACAAUCUUUGCCAUUCUGUGUCAUUCACAUCAUAAAAUAAAUAUGGUCCUCUAAAAUAGGUUAAGGCCACACCUUUUCAUGAAUAAUUAUGAGGUACAAAUUGUACAGUACACCUCAUUUAUUUAAAAGCCAGAUAAAUAAUAAUUAAAUAAAAAAAUUUAAAAUAUCCCCAUUUCCAAUGUCCUGAGUAAUAACAAUUCUCUUGAAAUGUAAAACACAUGCAUGUUAUCAUUGUCUUCCAUUCUGUGUAACAUAUCGUUUGUUAUUCAUGACCUUUUAAGUAUUCCUUAUGUUUUACUCGUCGACUGAAAAAUAGCAAGUUGCAGUUUGCUUCCAUGUUUACUAAUGUUGACUAAAAGGUGUUGAUUUAAUACAUUUGAGACAUUAAAAACUAAUUAUUACAUUUACGAAAACAUGCAAUGAGUUGUACAAAAUUAAUCAGAUUAGAUUACACAUUGACUUCUAUUGGUUUUAUAUAGAGCUCAGCCAACAAUAUUUUCUGUUCCUUUAACCUAACCCUGAACCUACCCACAGACAUUUUCUGGCAUUUUAAUAUUUUAAAUAAAUCAUAAUUUU